ACUUAAGUGUUGGUAUUCAUGGAUAGACGGCCAUUUUCAUGUUGGUGGUAGUUCAGAAGUGGUGUUUGCGAAUGUGAUGUUAAUUUGACAAUUCUACUUCGGUCGGUGAAAAACCCGUGUCCAUAUUAAUUUGUGGUAUCGUUGAGUUAGUCACAUACACAGCAAUGACGCAGUAUUUGCCACCAAAUUUGUUAGCACUCUUUGCUCCUCGUGAUCCCGUCCCAUAUUUACCACCCGUUGAUAAAUUGCCACAUGAGAAGAAAAACAGGGGAUACAUUGGUGUUGGAAAUUUUUUGCAGUUUUUUGAGGAUCCCAAAGACACCCCACCCCCUACGAGAGUGGAAACUAGAGAAGAGCGUUUGGAACGCCGGAGAAGAGAACGUGCUGAGCAAGUUGCCUACAAAUUAGAGCAAGAGAUUGCUGUUUGGGAUCCUCACAGUAUUGCUACUGCAACAGGUGAUCCAUUCAAGACACUAUUUGUUGCAAGAAUUAAUUAUGAUUCAUCUGAGUCUAAGCUCCGCCGAGAAUUUGAAGUUUAUGGACCUAUUAAAAAGAUUGUGGUUGUACACAAUAAAGUGAAUGGGAAGCCAAGAGGAUAUGCCUUCAUAGAGUAUGAACAUGAGCGAGAUAUGCAUUCUGCAUAUAAACAUGCUGACGGUAAGAAGAUAGAUGGAAGAAGAGUGCUGGUGGAUGUUGAAAGAGCCCGAACCGUAAAAGGCUGGCUACCCAGACGAUUAGGUGGUGGCUUAGGUGGAACUCGCCGAGGUGGACCUGAUGUUAACAUUAAACAUUCAGGACGAGAAGACAAUGAAAGGGAAAGAGAAAGGUACAGGCUUGAAAGAGAGAGAGAAUCUGCAAGAGGUAAUAUUGACAGAGAUCGCGAUAGAGAUAGAAUUGAAAGAGAGAGGAGGAGGUCUCGUAGUAGGGAGAGGGAGAGGUUGGAUCGAGAUAAGAGAAGGAAAUCCCGAAGCCGUUCACGUGACCGGAAACGUAGACGAAGUCGUGAUAGAGUGAAGGAGAAAGAUCCAGAUAUUGAAGAAAUUGACAGAGAUGAACGAUCGAGGGACGAGAGACCUCGAGACAGAGAUAGGGACAGGGAUCGUGACCGCAAGAGAAGACGGUCACGUUCAAGGGACCGAGAACGUGAUCGUGAUCGUGAUAGGAAGAGGGAUAAGAGAGAGAGAGAUCGUGGAGAACGACCAGAAAGGGAGAAGGAACGUAGGCGGUCAGAAGAGAAGGAAGUUAGAAUCAAAUUGGAGCCUCCAGAUGAUUAUCCUGAUUAUUCAGCAACAAAUUAUGAUGAAACUAAUUAUGAAGAAAAUGCCGUCAAAUUUGAACCUAAUGAGGGGUACCAAGAAGCAGAGCAAGGAGAAGCAAAUGGCAGACCUUUCAAUAAUGAAUAUGCAGGAGAGCAAUAUUAGACAGUGAAGCAUUUGCUUUAUAAUUUUUAAACAUUAAUUGUAUGAAAUAAUCAGUGUCUCACUUUUUAGAUGUUUCUUAUGCAUUUGCUUGCAGUUUUUAAUAAAACAUUGCUGUAAAAUUGUUA